CUAGAAGCCGGAAGCUGAGGCCUGUAGUGUUGUGCCGAGCGAAUUUGUAUGAGAAUGUUUGGGAUAGCCUGAUCGUGCAAGUGAUGAUGGAUUUUUUUUUAUGUGUGAUUAGUUCUAGUAAAUGCCUUUUUAGCGCUGAAAAACGUAAACAGUAGAAGAAAAGCUGUCAUUGAUAUUAACGCGUUGCACUCGUUAGCCGAGAUUUAAGAAGGCAGACAGUCCUAGCGACAUAGGAGGCGAACCCUGCUUGAAAGGAGACGCCAUUCUGCAGGGCAAUUCCGGUAUUAAUGUUUAAAACUCUUGUUGGACGCUAUUAUGUUAUGAAGAUGGAUUGUCUGAGUUUCGUGACAGGACGAUAAGAAGCAGGGUAGACGUACUGUCAGCGCCGUACAUUCUCUGAGUGACAGUGGCUGCUGUCAAAGCGCAGAUUGACUCGUUAGACUGCUGAUAUUCAUAUUCAGCUUUUUAAAGGGGGAAAGGAUGGCCACUGAUUUGCAAGCCAAAUAUACAAAGCUGGCUCAGGAGUACUCAAAGCUCCGUGCACAGAACCAGGUGUUGAAGAAGGCAGUGGUGGAUGAGCAGGCCAACUCGAGCUCUUUCAAGGAGCAGCUGAAGCAGAGAGAGCAGAGCCUACGCAAGGUGGAGCAGGAGAUGGACAGCCUGUCCUUCAGAAACCAGCAGCUGGCCAAGCGCGUGGAGCUGCUGCAGGAAGAGCUGGCGAACAGCGAGGCGCGGGGCAAGAAGAGUAAGCAGAAGACUGGGGACUCUCCCUCCCAGCAUGCCCUGCAGCACCCCAGCGUGUUCGACGAGGACCUGCAGAAGAAGAUCGAAGAGAACGAGCGGCUGCACAUCCAGUUCUUUGAGGCGGACGAGCAGCACCGGCACAGGGAAGCCCAGCUGAGGGAGCAGCUGGAGGUCCUGGAGCGGGAUGCGGCGCAGCACCAGGCGGUUGUGGACGGACUGACGCAGAAGUACAUGGAGACUAUCGAGAAGCUGCAGAACGACAAGGCCAAGCUGGAAGUAAAAUCCCAGACCUUGGAAAGAGAGGCAAAGGAAUGCAGACUCCGAACUGAAGAAUGGGUCUGCCUACACUGUGCUGUCUCUGCCAACAGCCAGCAGCAGCUGAGGAAGUUCCAGACUGAGCUGAGCAGUCAGCUGGAGCACACCACCAACAUCAUUAAGGAAAAAGUGCCCUUCAAUGACACUAGGCAUGCCCACUAUAACACAUUGAACGUUCCCCCUCACAAUCGAAGACAUCAGCUGAAGGCUCAGGAUGUGGCUGGCCAGGCACUGGGAUUUGUCCAGGACCUUGUGGCUGCGUUGCUCAAUUUCCACACUUACACUGAGCAGAGGGUCCACAUCUACCCCCGGGACUCAGCUAUUGAGCCCAUUUCACCACUCAACCAGAAGUUCUCUCAGUACCUGCAUGAGAAUGCAGGUUAUGUGCGCCCCCUAGAGGACGGACUGCAGCAACUGUUGGAAAGCAUCACAGAGGAGACCAUCACCACGCUGGAAACAACUGUGAAACUUAAAGACUUUUCUGACCAUUUCACCUCCUAUACCCGAUUUCUGCAGAAGAUACUUCCAUACCAGUUGAAAAGUCUGGAGGAGGAGUGUGAAUCUCCUCUUUGCACCUCCUCUCUAACAUCGAAGAACAAGGAGCUGCAGGACGACAUGAGAAAGAUGACAUCAGUCUUUGAAAAGCUGCAGAAUUAUAUUAGUCUUCUGUCUUUACCAAGUACAAAACCAGAGGCUCUCCCUCCAAGUAGCUUCAGUGCUGUGUUUACUCAGUUAGCUGCAUGUCUCCAUGGCCUGCAGGAUGCAAUGAAAGAUGUUUCCAAGCACUACAGUCAGAAAGCCACUUUGGAACAGGAUCUCCCAACUGUAACACAAAAACUCAGGACAACAAACGAAUGCAUCCUGUCCUCCCUCGGUUCCCUCACCAACAGCACAGGAAAGAUUGCCACAUUUUUUAGCAACAACCUGGAUUUCUUCACGGCCUCGGCAGGGUACGGGCCGAGGGGCGGCCUCGGGCUGCUGAACCCUCUCCAGGCAGAGUGCAUGCUGCAGAACAAGAGGAGAGCUGCAGCCUACAUCCUCAGGCUCAGGAAGCCAAGGCCAGAGUCUGUACCCUACUUGGAGGCACUGUCCAACCGCAGAGUGCUAACCAGCUCCACGGAGAGUCGGGAAGGCCUCACACAGCAGGUCCAGCAGAGCCAGGAGAAGAUCGCUCGGCUGGAGCAGGAGAAGGAGCACUGGCUUCUGGAGGCCCAGCUCAGCCGCAUCAAACUGGAGAAGGAGACCCAGCGCAUUGCUGACCUGGAGAGGCAGCUGAGCAUGGCCCUAGCUGGACAGCCGCCCUCAGCUGCCCAGUCCAGCCCUGCUGCUCCCAGGCCUGGCCAGGAGGGGGCGGAGUCCGUGGAGUGUGACCCAAAGGAGCCUGUACCCACCACUAGCCUGGUGGGCAUGUUGACUACAACACAGAUUAGUGAAGAAGCAGGUGACGAGCAAUCCCGGGAGCAGCUCAUCAAGAGUCACUACAUGAGCCGCGUGGCUGAUCUCACUGCGCAGCUGCAAGUGGCUGAUAGCAAGGCUGUCCAUUUCCAUGCUGAGUGCCGAGCACUGGCUAAGCGACUGGCACUGGCUGAGAAAUCUAGAGAAACGAUGACAGAGGAGGUGAAAAUGGCCAAUCAGAAUAUCAGUCGUUUACAGGAUGAGCUGACUACCACCAAGAGGAGCUAUGAAGAUCAGCUGAGCAUGAUGAGUGAUCACUUGUGCAGCAUGAAUGAGACCCUGAGCAAACAGAGGGAGGAGAUCGACACUCUAAAACUGGGAAGCAAGGCAAAUUCCAAAAAGAACAAGAGUCGCUAGACGGUUCAAAGGCAGGCUGCACCUACAAACUGGAGCAGGGUGGAGGAGGUGGGGGACCAGCCUGCGCUGCAAGGUGGGGGAUAUUAUGGUGUACCAUCCCCUCCUCCUGCUGAGAGAACAGCACAGUGAGGAACUGUCUUGGAACCAGGGAUCAAACUUCUUCAGUAACCGACACAAAGCAGAAGGGAUUUGAGCAGAAAGCCAGGGUCCUGCCUUAGUAAACUGUUUCUAUAUAUUUAGUCCCUUUUUGUUAAGUGCUUCCUUCCAUCCAGGAAGCAGCUGUUAUGAUAGCGACUAAGGAAGAAGAUACAGCUGUUUUGUUUUGGGAAAAACUGUUUUCCCAAGUAUAUCAGGAGUCUAGCACAUGUUACAGUUGUUUAUAGACCUGGAGGAAGCUAGAUUUUCAGUCAACGAGGUGAAUUCAGUGAUGUGUGCUUUGCUACUGGGAGAAGCUUGCCCUGACUGUGAGAGUGGGUUUUGCCAGUGGGAUGUAGCCACACACUGCGGAGCGCCAAAGCCUGGAAGAACUAGGUCAGCAGAGCCAAACUUACUGGGUCUCACUUUUAGACCACAAACAGUACAUUGCAUGUGGAGGAGAUCUGCUUAGUCUGGGAAGUUAGCAUGAAAGCUGAAAGGGAUAAAAUGUGUAUGAAAAAUAUUUUAAGUGAGAAAGAUAAAACAAAACAGUUACUGUUUUUAUUAUCAUUAAAUUCUUGAAUAGCUUAUCACUGUGGACAUGGAUUCAGUGGGAUUACUAGCAAGUUAUUUGAAGUCCAAUAGUUUUGCCAGUUCUGGAAGAGGUUUUCUCCUUCAUUUAUGUAGGUGUAAAAUUACCACAGUUUUUCACACUCAAGUUCUCUGUUGCACAGGGGGGUGUAGGAGUCUUGAGUUUCUGAAUGGCUAGUAAAGGCUAAUCCAUCUUCUCCUUAUUCUACAUAAGGUUUGUUUUUAUGAGAUUAGAUUUUAAUCUAAACACUUUUAUAUGAGAAGCCCAGGGUGGAGAAGCCAGUGGUACAGUAUGUCACAACUUGAAGACUACAAAGAUGAAGUCUUUAGGCCCACAAAACCGAAACAAAUGUCUCAGACAACAGAGCUGUGUUAUAAGUUAAACUGCCCAGAAUUAAAUAUUAUAAAUUGCUAUAACUUAGAACUCUGAGACUUGCUCAGAAAAUGUUUAGCUUUUAUACAUGUAUUUGGACAUUUUACAAUUACAGUUUUACAAUUAAAGAAGUUCUGCAGUGAGCCUGGCGGGCAGUUGUAACCUUCUGACACAUUUAUAUCCUCUUUUCCUUUUUUUAUCACUAAGUAGCAAGACCAAAACGCAAGUUGCCUUUCACAUACUUUAAAAGGGAUGCACUCUUAUUCUUUUCUGAAUUUCGGUAUAGAUGGAUUCAUUCUUGAACUUAAGGCCAUAGCUUUUGAAGGUGGUUGCUUCAUGAUGAAAAUCCAUUUUAAUCAAAUAUUAAACCAUUUGGUCACAGAAGGAGGAGCAGUUUCCUGUGUGAUGACCAUUUCUGUUUAGAUAUUGCCUCCCCUUGCUCAGUAGCCCUAUCCUGUCCAUAGUCAGCUAUUCCUCUGCACUACUCUGAGAAGAGUUUGGAACAAAACUGCACACUUAGCAAGCCCACUAACGGCUCUGAGUCUGACAUGUUCUUAAAUAAUACAUUUAAAUUACUCUCAUAACAUCUCGAGAAUGUUGGGAAUUCCUGUUGGGAAUUAUUCACUGUAACAGUAUAUGUGUAAAACAUUAUAUGGACUGACUCGUGUUUGCCAUAGAAAUUGUACACCAUAGGAAUUAGCAUUGGAUGUGAAGACUUAUCAUACACUCCACUCCUGAUGAAAGUAACUAUUCAUUGUUCUGUGCACUUUUUUUAAAAAAAGAGUUGAUUUUUAAUUUUGUAAUGUGAAAAAGAUUAAAAGGUUGAAUGUUUGUUCUGUUGAGUUUAUGAGCAUUGUAUUUUAUGUAGUCUGAAUGCAGUUAUGUUUAUCUACCAAAAAGCCAAACGUCUAGAGAGUUCUGUGUUUUAGACAUUACAAUGUCUUUAGUCAGUGAAAGGUUUUACUUUGGCAGUCAUGUCAAUUGUGUCCAUUCAGUGAGUCAUUACGUAUGUAAUUGGUAUAAAUAAAAUGAUCUUAAAUGGUA